AUGUCGAGAAUCCAUGUUCUUGGCCCUGGAGCCAACACCUCGCUCUGCACCGCCAGCCUGGAGGAAGAGGAGGCCGAGGCCGAGGCAGCGGGACCCCAGAGCGGGGUCGCCCAGCCCAGCAGCGAUGGCAGCCUGGCUCCGCCGGCCGGAGCCUUCGCCAUGCACCCUGCGGAUCUGACGGUCCCGCUGAUGCUGCACCCCUUGCCUUCUGCGACCAGAAUUCAGCUUCAAGGCCCUCCGCCUUCCCAGCUGAUCCAUGUGGCUAAAGUGCCAGUGACCCAAGUGCCUCUAAAAAUGCAGUCUUUACUGGAGCCGUCAGUAAAAAUUGAAACUAAAAACGUGCCCCUCACAGUGCUGCCCUCCGAUGCAGGGAUACCAGAUACUCCAUUUAGCAAGGACAAAAGUGGCCAUGUAAAGCGUCCAAUGAACGCAUUCAUGGUAUGGGCUAGGAUUCAUCGGCCAGCUCUAGCCAAAGCUAACCCAACUGCCAAUAAUGCAGAAAUCAGUGUUCAGCUUGGACUGGAGUGGAACAAGCUGACUGAAGAGCAGAAGAAGCCCUAUUAUGACGAAGCUCAGAAAAUAAAAGAAAAGCACAGAGAAGAAUUUCCUGGUUGGGUUUAUCAACCGCGACCGGGCAAAAGGAAGCGUUUUCCAUUGACUGUCUCCACUGUAUUUUCCGGCACUUCUCAGAAUAUCAUCACUACAAAUCCAGCAGCCAUUUAUCCCUUCCGAUCACCCGCUUACUCCGUUGUCAUCCCCAAUGUUCAGAACAGUAUUGGACAUCCUGUCUGUGAAGCUCCUGCCAUGCAGCUGUCAGCCUCUUCCAUUCAACAUCCAGGUCCAAUUACACUUUUCCAGCCUGCUAUUGCAAGCACCACAUCAGUGGCUGUUCCAGCUCCAGCUCUGCCCCUGCACCCUGUAAUUUCACCACAGCACUUUGCUGGACCUGCUCAGACAGAAACUCAUGUAUCACCUGGACCCAACUGCUCUGUGAAGAGACCUACACCAGCUUCUGUUGAGAGCUCCAGUAGGAACCCAAGUAACACAAGCACUGCUAACGCCAGAUUUUCUGUCUCUGAUAGUCAGACCCCAAAGGAGUAUUCAGAGAUUUCUGCUUGUCCUAGAAGUGCACCUCUUCCCCAAGCUACCCCUCUUCCUCACUCACAUCUCUAUCAGCCUCCUCCCAUUGGUCAUCCAGCCAGUCUGUUUGGAGCACCUCCGCGGUUUUCAUUUCAUCACCCUUACUUUGUACCUGGACCUCACUAUUUCCCUUCAAGCACGUGCCCGUUCAGCCGGCCUCCAUUUGGCUGUGGGAAUUUUGCCGGUUCAGUGCCAGAAUGCCUUGGCUUUUAUGAAGACCGGUACCAAAAGCAUGAGGCGAUGUUUUCUUCCCUGGACAGAGACUAUCCCUUCAGGGAGUACCCAGAGGAACAUACACAGCGUGAGGACUCCCGCAGCUGUGAGAGCCUUGAAGGAAUGUCCUAUUACAACAGCCACAGCGAGGAGGGGUAUUUAAGCCCCAUACCACAGCUGGACAUUGGAACAUUGGAGAAUGUUUUGUCAGCCACCCCGUCUACCCCCUCCAGCAUCCAGCAAGUUAAUGUGACUGACAGCGAGGAGGAAGAAGAGGGGAAGGUGUUGCGAGAGUUGUAGUUUUUAAAACAAAUGAUAAUCCAGAGAAAUAUUAUAGAACGCGAAAUAAACGUUUUCCUCCAACACCAUCUUUUCAGUCGGUGUGUUCAAGGGGAAAUCCAUGUAGCUUGAGUGACCUGUGCAGGUCAUUUUGAGAACUCUGAUGAUCUGUUUGUAUUUUGAGAGAUCAGAUACAGAACUGGGGAAGUCCCAAGUCCCUGGAGUUUCACCUGCUUCAUCAGGGCAUUGUUUGGGCUCUGGCUCAGGAAAGCACUUAUACAGGUACUCAGUUCUAAGUAUGUAAGAAUGUGCUUUCCAGAGGAGAGAAGUAUUUAAGCACAUCCUUUUAAUGCUCUUCUGAAUCAGGACAUUGCCUUUCUUUGUUCAUAGACAACAUUUUGAUGGAAUUUGCAUUAAUUUUGUAAGUUUUAUUUUAGGAAUUUUAGCAAGUGAAAUAAUUCUGUUUUAUGACCAAAAUGUAAUUCUUGCUGCAGUAAAAUCCUUGAGGUCUUGAGAGCGAGGUCAAGAGUGAUUCUCCAAUAUUUUAUAUUUUUCCUUUGAUACAGUGAAUGGUUUUAAGCUUAAUCUAGUUAAUUUUUUUAUCAUAGGCUGCAUUUGGGUUACAAAUGUUAUGAAAUGCACUGAAAAUUUAGGUCAAUUUCGAUAAUAUUUUAUUCUGCAGCUAGUUCCAUUAGUAAGAAUGGGAUUGUCCAGAAGGUAUGGUAGCACCCAGAGAGAGGAAAAUUGAUGGAAUCUGGCUCUGUGACUUGCACUAGUGGACUGUGACUUGAUCCCUGAAUGUCAUUAAUAUCGAAUUCUCUGGAGAAUACUGAAGGUGGUUAAAAGGGGAGAACAUCUGUGCUGAACUCAAAGACUAAGGAAAUUCAGAUUUUUUUUGCCAAAAUUAGUAAUUAAUGUUACUAAAGUAUUUUUUUUUUGUCUGGGGGGAAGGAGUGUCAUUUCUUUCUGGGAAUCCUGUUGUUCUGCUGUUGUUAGAUUUAAA